AUGGUGAGUGACCAAAGAAUAAGUAGACACACAACGUUUAUACUGCUGUUGUUAAUGGGAUAUAAAAGUACUGGAUUCGGGGUAAACCAGUGCCUUAAAGUCCCAACCAUGCACUUAGACGCAGCAAACAAAAUUUGGAAUUUCCUACAGGUCAAUGAUAACCUGAUAAAAAGUGAUGUCAUCGUUGGUUUAGGAAGUCAUGAUCCUAGAGUUGCAAUAGAAACAGCACUUCUGUGGCUCCAAGGAUGGGCAGAUAUAAUUGUUUUCUCUGGUCGUUUGGGUAAUUUGACGGCAGGACGAUGGAAUAGAACAGAAGCAGAGGUUUUCCGUGAUAUUGCAGUAUCUAUGGGCGUGCCUUCUUGUAAAAUAUAUACUGAAACCAGAAGUCAGAAUACGGGUGAAAAUAUCCGCUUCACUUACCAACUACUGAAGACAAAAUACAGAAUCCCUCAACGAAUAAUACUUGUACAAAAACCUCAUAUGGGUAAACGAACUUCUGCUACAUUUUGGAAAGAGUGGCCACAAGAGUCGAACACGCCCGAAAUGUCAUUGAUUGUUCGAACUGUGAGGAUAACGCUGGAACGCUACCCCAGUGAAGACGUCGGAGAUUUAAGCGAUGUCAUUUCCGUUAUGAUGGGAUAUAUACAACGUCUACCUUUAUAUUACAACCUUGGUUUCCAGGUUUAUGUUCGUGUUCCUGGUGAUGUUUGGGAAUCAUUUAGACUUCUUCAGCAGACGGACAUAUACAACUCUCAUUUAGUUUGAAAGCUUUGUGAAAUUCAUUUAAGAGCUCAGAU